CGGGAAAUAGUGGCAGAGUGAGACCUCUUACUUUGCCUCCGCUAAACGGGCAGCUAGCCCUGGGGUCUGACAACCAUCCACCGUAUCAGCGUUUGGCUUAUUUCCCCCCUUUCACCUCUCGCUCUGCAAGAAACCACAAUGUUUGCCGUAAGAAAUGCUCUCCGCCUCGGCUCCCGGUUAUCCAUCCCCGCAGUGGCGAGGAGAGGAUGCGCCGGGGCUUCCGUCCCGGUGGACGAUGUGGUGAACGGACUCACCGAAGACCAGAUCCAGCUCAGACAGACAGUUCGUAAAUUCUGCGCAGAAAAGCUUGGACCUUAUGCUGAUGAGAUCGACAAGACGAAUGAAUUCCCAGGGAUGCGGGAUUUUUGGAAAGAUAUGGGGGAAAUGGGGCUCCUUGGGAUCACUGCUCCAGUGGAAUAUGGGGGCACAGGAUUGGGCUACCUAGAUCAUGUCAUUGUGAUGGAAGAAAUGUCACGAGUGACGGCAGCCAUUGCUCUCAGUUAUGGCGCCCACUCUAACCUUUGUGUCAACCAGAUGGUACGCCAUGCAAAUGAAAAGCAGAAGGAGAAGUACAUGCCAAAGUUAAUGACAGGAGAGCACAUCGGAGCUCUGGCCAUGAGUGAACCCAACGCCGGCUCAGAUGUCGUAUCCAUGAAACUCAGAGCCAAGAAGAAAGGUGACUACUAUAUUCUGAAUGGCAACAAGUUCUGGAUCACAAAUGGGCCAGAUGCCGAUGUCCUUAUUGUUUAUGCAAAGACAGAUCCUGAGGCCCAUCAAAGAGGCAUCACAGCUUUCAUUGUAGAAAAGGGAAUGCCGGGAUUCUCUACAGCACAGAAGCUCGACAAACUCGGCAUGAGGGGAUCAAACACCUGCGAGCUGAUCUUUGAAGACUGCAAAGUCCCAGAGGAAAACAUCCUUGGUCCAUUGAACAAAGGCGUUUAUGUGAUGAUGAGCGGCUUAGAUCUGGAGAGGCUGGUGCUUGCAUCUGGACCUAUUGGCAUCAUGCAGGCAGUUCUGGACUUUGCUGUCCCCUACCUACAUGUGAGAGAAGCUUUCGGACAGAAGAUCGGGCACUUUCAGCUGAUGCAAGGCAAGAUGGCCGACAUGUACACCAGACUGAGCUCUUGUCGGCAGUAUGUGUAUAAUGUUGCCCGGGCUUGUGACAAAGGACACUUCAGUGCAAUGGAUUGUGCUGGAGUGAUCCUGUAUUGUGCUGAGAAUGCCACUCAGGUUGCUUUGGAUGGUAUUCAGUGUUUGGGUGGGAACGGCUACAUCAACGACUACCCUAUGGGACGAUUUCUACGUGAUGCAAAGCUGUAUGAAAUCGGCGCGGGCACAAGUGAAGUUCGUCGGCUCAUCAUCGGACGAGCUUUCAACGCCAUGUUCAAAUAAGCUGAACUGGGCGAACGCUGAGGGAACGAUUCGCCAUGGAUGAACACAGUUACUCACUCCCGGGGCCUUAUACUGAAUGAGUUGUUGCUGCUGUUAGGUUGUUGUGGGUUUUCAGAAUCAGUCUCACCUGGUACUAAUUCAUACACAAUACAAAUGAAAUCACAGAGUGUUGACAGUGAUGUUACAAGCUGCCUGACAAAACAAAUUAAAUGUUGAUUUAGUGUGUGAAGUGGCCUUCAUGUCAUGUAAUUUUUUUUUAUAUAAAUAUACUAGGUUACUGUAGUCUCAGUUAGUUAUUUAAUAACCACUGAAAUGCCAAUAAAACAAUGACUUAAUUAUUGAUCCCUAUAAACAGGCAGUACCACAGAUUUUCUGCUCGUGAUGAAAUUGAAUUUGAAAAUCUAUAUAAUAAUAUGGCUGUGCAUCAGUGAAGUUUUUAUUAUCAUCAUUAUUAUAUGAUUUUAACAGUUUCUUGAGGCCCAUCCACUAGAUGAAAACUGAUUUUGUGUUGUCUUGAACAGUCCUACUAAUGCUCCAAAACUGCUGCUGCCGUGAUCUCAAGGGUUGUAAGAACAAGUGGAUUGUGAAUACUGUAUCAUGCAUUAUGUAAGGAAAUUGGCAAAUAGAUGCCAGAGGCUCAGUGUCACUCCAGGACACUCAAGCAGGUCAUUGUUGCUGUUUAUAAAACCUGACAACACACAGAAAUAACUUUCUCUAACCAUUUCACCUCAUGAUCACUACAGCUAAUAGGAAAAAAAAGUCUUUAAAUGUGAGGAGUUUUUCAUUGUAACUUGGCUGCGAAUCAAAUCUUCAUAAACUCCCUUUCACAAUUUGAAAUGUUUGAUCAUUAAGAAGGAACAGCUGAUGUCUGUGAGCACUCUGUUGAAUUAGCAUUAGAAACCCUGUUUGUUCAUUUUUAGAGCAAACAUAUUCCACUGUUGUAUACUGUGUAAAUCAGUCCCAUUGGAGAAACCUUCUGUCUUGUCUUCUCUCUGAAGUGUCAGUAUGUAGCUGUACAGUAUGAAAAUGUAUGAAAUAUAUACUAGUUCCGUUUGCAGGAAAUAAAAAUUAAACCUUUUUUA